CGCCCGCGUGUCUCUAAUCUAGCCUUUCAUUGGUGAAGGGGCGGGAACUCUCCAAACCGUUUGUCCAAUCGGCAAUCUCAUUUUUGGUCUCAUUCUGUAACACGUGCAGUCCCGGAAGUAGGAAACAUCAGGCGGGACGUGUGUGGAGUGUGCUACGCAGGUGAGACUUGCAAUGAUCACUCCGGCAUUCGAGAUCACUCAGGAUUCUGACUUUCUUAUCAUAACCAUCAAAGUUCCCUAUGCCAGGAUGUCGGAGUUUGAUAUCUACAUUGAUGGAGAUGACUUCAAGUUUUAUGCCAAGCCUUACUUUCUAAGAUUAACAUUGCCUGGGAGAAUAAUUGAAGAUGGAAGACAGAAGGCCACAUACAAUGCGGGUGAUGGUAUUUUCACCGUCCAAGUUCCUAAAGAGACCCCAGGACAGCAGUUUGAGGGCCUGAAUCUCCUGACGUCCCUGUUAGCACCUAAAGGAGCAAAGACUUGUAAACCCCUGAUUGAAGAGAUCGGUUCUUCACAUGAGACUGCUGAAGAUGAUGAAGAGGAGUUUGAUUGGCAGAUUGAUCAGACCCCCUUUGAGGAGCCGUCUAUUGAUGCUCUCAGCUCACAGUGCAGCUAUGGUUUUGGUAACUUGCGUGUCGGCGUGUUUGGGAGACUCCAGGAGGAACUGAAUGAUGUUAUUGACUUAAGAGAUCCAGACGUCACCCCGGCCUCAGAACGCACGCAGAGGCGCCUGGCAGCUGAAAAGGCCAAGUUUGACCCUGAUCAUUACCUAGCCGAUCUCUUUGAGGAUGACGCCAUUCAACACUUGCUGAAGUAUAAACCGUGGUGGGUGGAGGUGCAGAACGGAGCAAACAGUGCAUCCCCAGACAUUCAGGAUACCAGAGUAAUAUUCACAGAAAAAGAGAAGGAGCAGCUGAGAAAAUUCACUAACAAAUCGUAUUUACUGGACAAGAAAGCUGAGCAGCUUGUGUAUUUGAGCCUGAUCGAUCUGCUCCUAGCUUACUCCUACGAAGUCCGCGUUACCGAGGGAGAGAGAAAUGUGGAGUCUGCAUGGAACAUAAGAAAGCUUAGUGGAACCCUUAGCUGGUUUGAGGAUUACAGGUCUGUCGCAGAUGUCCUAAAGUCCUUUGGGAGACGUGUUUCAUGCUACCCACUUUAUAGAAACUUCUGCCUGGUGACCAAGGCUAUACAGGACACAUCUGUUCUGCUUCGAACAGGUAAAGCUGCUAUUCUGAAAUGUUUGCUGGAUAUCCAUUCAAUAUUUCAAGAAAACGACCCUGCAUACAUUCUGAAUGACCUGUAUAUUACAGACUACUGUAUCUGGAUUCAGAAAGUCAAAUCUAAGAAACUGUCUGGCUUAUCAGAUUGUCUGCAAGCGACUACAGUCUCCAAGGCAGAUCUGGGCCUUGAGCUGGAAGAGCUGGAGGAAGCUGCCACUUUGGUUCAAGAGGAAGAAAAACUGCUCGAGGCAUCAGACAAUGUUCCCAGGCAACCGUCAUCGCUCAUUACAUCGGAAGGAACGAGCAGCUCUGACUCAUCAGAGACGGAAUACACCUCGUCAGACGAGGAGGAUGAGAGCGGCAGCGAGGAAAUGGAAUUACGGGGCUCGUCUGAGACCCUCCAGGGGGAGGCAGCUGCACCUCUCGUACAAGUUGUGGAUAAUACAGAGAAACAUCAGGACACAGCUGACAAUAUAGAAUCCUAUCCUGUGCUAAAAUCUGUUCCCUUACAAGCACCGAUGAGCACAGAGGAGAAGGUGCGAGAGAUGGUUACCAUUGUAGAGAGUCAUGAAGGGUACUGCCAUGCUGCUACCGGUACGUCUGACAAAUCCCAAGACCAGAACGAAGCAGACUCUACAGAUCAGCGUGCACCAUGUGCCGAACCAAAGCGUCAGAACAGAGCGUUCUUAGAAGUGACACCAAGUAUGAGUCGUCUCCACAUUGUGGGGGUACCCACUGAAGAGGAAGGGGAUGAUAAACUGCUCUCUAUGGGAUAAUCUUUUCCGACAUGGACAGGAUUCUUGUUAUGGAUGAGUGAUGGAUUUAUUCCGUGAAUAUUUCAUAUGAUAUCUCUUUUUAUCUUGUAUCUUACAGCAUCAGAUCUCUUUCAUUACAGUGUUUAUCUAUUAAAUAGAUUGUUACUUUUUAUCUUGGAUCUCUGUUUCUCCUCUAUCUCUUAUCUGUCUCUUUAUCACUCUCUUAUCUGUCUCUAUCUAUAGAACUCUUAGAACUCUCUUCUAUACAGUAUCAUUCCUUGAAUCUGUCAUCAUUCGUAAGAUCUGGUAUUAUAAAACUAAAGAAAUACAGAAUUUAAGACUAGAAACACUAGAGUGAACUGGGUUAGAUGUUUAGGAAGUUUCUGUGUUUAUAGAGAUAUUAUGUUGGCAGAUAGAGAUGAGCGAACUUACAGUAAACUCGAUU